UAACGAAUCGUUCCUUUUUUUUUCAUAUAUAUAUAUAUAUAUUUGUUCUUUAUUUUUUUUCUUUGUACUAUGGAUAUUGUUAAUCAUGAAGAGACAGGGCUUAUUCUACCACCUGCAAGAGAAUUGUUAAGAAGUGCACAUGAUGAUGACCAAGAAGACAAGAUGGUGAUUGACCAAGGUAUCAUUGCCAAUUUAGAUGUUGUUGUUCAUUUUCUGUAGAACAAAAGCCUCUUUUACCGUCUAUGCAGUCCAUAUCAAUACAAGCAGACGAAAUUAUUCGACAAAGGAUGUCAGGCAUGUCUGUCUCUUCACAACGAUAUCAAAAAGUACUUUCUCCCUUGGAACCCAGCUCUCAACAAAUGUUUCACGAAUCUCUGUCACUUUCUCGAAGAGGAUCUUUGGUAGACUCACAUAGCAAUCUUCGUCGGCCUUCCAUUACAGAUAUGGGUAGUCUACCUUUGCCUAAUUCAACUGUAGCUAGUCGCCGAGGAUCGAUUGCUACAACGGAUUAUGAUCUAUCUUCUCGGUCUCCUUCACCAUCACCUUUUUCGACAUUGAAACGAAAUCACGAGAACGAUGCAUUAUUAAGCAGGCGUGAUUCUUUACCCAGCAAUCAUGUCCCUUCUAUGCCUUACGAUCAUUUCCAAAGAAGACAUUCAAUUGCAACUGCUCUUACAGAUCCUGAUUAUAGUAACACGAAUGGCAAUCAACGCAGCCAUCUUUUGAAUACAAAAUAUAGAGCCUUUAGAUUUCCUGCACCUAUUCAAGAGUCAUCAACUUACAGAACGUAUUCUGCACCUCCUAGUCCGCCCCAAUCAGCACUAAGCAAUGUAGCUUAUCAGGAGUCUUUGCAUGACAACAACAGGUUUAAUCGUAGAGAUAGUUUAGCCCGAGCCAGCAACAAUAGUGGAGGUGGAGGACCUAUGUUACCUAGUCGACGACCUUCUAUACUAGAUGAAUCUUUAGAUGAAUCUUCUGCCGAACAUGUGUUGGCCAGAAGAGCUUCUAUGCCAGUUGUGACACCAUCCAAUCGAAGUCGACAUCCUUUAGAAAGAAUGCCGUCUCAGCAACCUUCUCAUCUGCAUCACAUGUGCGAUGAUCAAGAGGAACAAAAGCAGCUGAGAAAAGAAACACCUUAUUCUCGUUCCCCGGAAUUACGAGUGAGCCACAAGUUGGCUGAACGCAAACGAAGGAAAGAAAUGAAAGAAUUAUUUGAUGAAUUGCGCGAUUCAUUACCUGUAGAAAAGAAUAUAAAGACAAGUAAAUGGGAAAUAUUAAGCAAAGCUGUUGAAUAUAUCACACUGUUAAAACGUCGAGACUAUGAUUUAGAAAACGAAAUUACAGGAUUACGACGUGAGAUUAACAUGAUCAAAAGAAACAAAGGUGAAAGUAGCCACACAAACAACCAAGGUCCACCCUUUGCUUGAUAAAACGAUACCAUCUCUUUUUUUAUUAUUAUUAUUAUUAUUAUUAUAUAUAUAUAUAUAUAUAUAUCCAUACAGAUUCUUGGUCUGUUUAUUGCAGUUUGAGCAAAAC